AGAUAAAACCUACGUACGUCAAAAAAAAAUAAAAAGUUUUGUUUGCAACGUUUUUUAUAACAUUUGAAUAAAUUGUCAAUAAAAGCAAAGUAGAGCAGGAGGCCUAAACAAAAUGGACUUCGAUGCGCUGCUGACUUUUGCGAAGAAGAAAAACGAAGCAGCAACAAAAGAUGAGGGAAAAUUCUAUAGCACGAAGUAUGCGCCACCCAAAAAGGAGAGCAAGGAGAGCAAACAGCUGUCGCAAAACAUACAAAAGUUUUUAAAGAAACGCGAAGCAGAGGAAAAGGAGCGCAAGCAUGAGGAGCGUGCCAAGGUGGCCAGUCUGCUGGCCAUGCGUGAUGAUAAAUCCAAGAACAAAAUACGCAAAAUGUUGAAAGUAACCAAAUCUGCAAACAAAUCUGUGCUGGAGGAUGCCAAGGAUAGCAGCAAUAAUCAAUUUGAUGCAGAAGGAGGCGAAGGUGAUGACUAUGGCUAUGUGUCAAAUGAGGCAAAUGCGCUUUAUGCAAAAUAUCUCGAAAAGGUGAAGGAUGUGCAGGAGGACAAAGGCUUUGCGCCCUCCAGGCCGCAAUCCCUGCGGGAUCUCUCGGGCACUAAGGAGCGUGUGAAGGCGGCCAUAACACGCGAAAUUGAGGAUACCAAAUGUGGCACGCGACAACGCAUCAGCAAUGUACCGUCUACGUCCUCGUCCUCGUCAAAACCACGCGAAGCGUCUGUAGCACGCGCCUACACCAGCUCCAGCAGGAAGCUCUAUGAUCCCGAGGAGGAGCAGCGCCAAAAGCGUGCUGAGGAGCAAGCCAAAAGAGCUAAGAUUAAGCGCUCUGCACAGCCGCCGCCCAUGGACUUUCAAGCUCUGCUGCGGCUCGCUGAACAAAAGCAACAUGAGCCUGUGGUCUUCGAGGUGCCCGAAAAGAAAAAGGAGCCCGAGCGUUUACUUUCAGCGCGUGAGAAGCGCGAACAGGAGGAACGUCAACGUGCCAAGGAAGAGCGCGCGCAACGUGAUCGCCAGCGUGAGCUUGAUCUCAAAGCCAAGGAGCAGCAGCCAGCGGCGCCCACACGCAUGGAACCCAAUGGACGCAUACCCAAGCUAAAUAAAGCGCCAGCAAGCAAAUCACCAAUCACAGCGUCGUCGGCGUCAUCAUCAGCAGCAGCAGUCAAGUCAAAGAGCAGCGGUGACAGUGCGAAAAGUGGGAAGUCUAAGAUUGCCCCCAGCACAAUGACCAGGUACAACAACUCCGUCACUAAAAACAGCGUUGCUUCAAAGCCUGCCAGCAGCUCCAGCUUAAGCAGCAGCAGCAACAGCGCUGCAAGACGCCCAACAAACGCCCCGCCUGCUGCUUCCAGCGCUUCCUCCGCCUCCACGUCCAGCACAGCUGCGCGUAAUCCCUAUACAGAUGCCAAUAAGAAUGGCAAGGCGCGUGAAUUUCCGCCACGUGAUCCUGCCAAGACGCGCGCGUUUCCGCCAAACGAUGUGCAACGAGCAGCGCAACGUAAACAAAUGCCAGGUGGGCGUGGCGCGCAAGCUGCACGCAGCAGACCGCCAGCAGAGCCAGGUCAAAGACGCAUUUAUGAUGAUGAUUCCGAAUAUGAUUCAGAGCUGGAUGAUUUUAUUGAUGAUGGUGAUUGUGAGGAGGAUAUAUCGUCGCAUAUACGUGAUAUCUUUGGCUAUGAUAAGCGCAGAUAUCGCGAUCUGGAUGAAGAUGAUAAACAAAUGGAAUCAAGUUUUGCUCAAGUGCAGCGUGAAGAGUUUAUUAGUAAAAAGAUAGGUUUUCAAGAGGAUUUGGAGGAUAUGCGUAUGGAGGCGAUGCAUAAAAAACGAAAAAUGGCCAAAAAACGAACCAAACCGCUUGCAGACGACGAUGAUGAUUAAAAGUUUAUUCACUAAAGAAAGAAAUUAGUUUUAAUUUUACACUACACGCUAUAUCAUAAUGCAUUGUUUGAAACACACACGAUUUUGUUACAUUGUUU